AUGACUAAUGAUGGUGAAGAACGUGUUAUAGAGGAUGAUCCAACUGUACAAGUUGGAAUCUCCCAUAAAGAUUUAUCUCCUGCUAUAGUAUAUCUUCUUGAUGGAAAAAAAAAUACAUUUUACAUUCAUAAAAAUUCUGAAGGAGAAGUUCUUUUAAAUAUGGUUGGAAAAUAUUUACAAUUACAAGAAAGAGACUACUUUGGACUGACAUAUUAUGAUGAACAUGGCAAUAAAAAUUGGGUUUAUAAUGAUCGUCGUAUCAUUAAAAAACUUAAAAAUAUGCCUUGGGAAUUCUAUUUCGAGGUUAAAUUUUAUCCACAAGAACCAUCACAAUUGGCUGAUGAUUUUACUAGAUACCUAUUAUGCCUCCAAAUUCGACAAGAUAUUUAUAUAAAAAGGUUACCUGUAACUUUUGCUACUCAAGCACUUCUUGCUUCCUAUGUAGUUCAAGAAUUGAGGGGAGACUAUAAUGAACAUCCACCUCUUUUAGAUUAUUCUACUUUUUUAGCUGAAGCUAAAACUUGUGAUUUCAUUACAUCUGAAUUUGUUGAUAAAGUUAGAGAACUUCAUAAACAACAUAAAGGAUUAACACCUGGUGAAGCAGAGUCUGCCUACUUAGAAGUUGCUAAAAAACUUAAUAUGUAUGGUAUUUUUACAUUCCCUGCUAAAGAUAAUAAUGAUGCCGUUGUUAUUGGUAUUUCUGCACCAGGAAUUAGUGUUUUUAAUGAUCAAGUUAGAGUUCAUAGAUUUUUAUGGAAUCAUAUUGUUAAAUUUGCAUAUAGAAAAAAUGUUUUUUCAGUGAAAUUAAAACCAGAUAAGGCUAUAAAUGGUAAGAAGACAUUUUUCUAUAAAAUGGAAAAUAAUGGUAGUGCUAAAAGAACAUGGAGGUGUGGAGUAGAACAUCAUACAUUCUUUAGAUUAAUUCAACCAGAAGAUGAUUUAAAAAGUGGUGUUAUUUGUGCUCCAAGAGGUAAUCGAAUCUUUCAUUAUCAUGGUAGAACACAAUAUCAAACUAAAUUACAUGCUACAAUGUUUGAUCAUGUAUCUACUGAUAUCGACCGAUCUGAUAAUAUUAGAGUUGGUAAAACUGAAGUUUGCUAUAUCAGACCAGUUGAAAUUAUAGAUGAAAAAAAUAAAGAUGAAAGUAAAAUUGAGCAUCCUGUUUCUGAAAUAAAUGUGUGUAAUGAGAAUUUUUUAACACCCGUAAAAGAAUCAAGCAAUAAUAAGGAUCAACUUCAAUAUACUAAAGAUACACUUAACUCAUCUGGUUAUGGAAGUGCACCAUCAUCAUCGCGUGUUCGUUUUGCUGAUCGCCUUCCUCUCAAAUUAGAGGGUAAAAAAGUUAGAAGAAAUCUUUUUGGUAAAUCAAAAGAAGAUGAUAAUAGUAAAGAGGGACUCUCUUCUAUUGGAGGUACAUAUCCUAAAGAUCAAGAAGAAACUAAAACUGAUAUUGUUCUUACAAAUAAAGAAAUGAAUGAAGUGCCAAUUGAUUAUAUGGUUAGUGUCUAUCACAGUGGUCAGUCUGUUAAUAAUAGAAAGAAAAAGUAUACAUGUUGUGGAUCUAUUAAUAGUAAUAAUAAUAAAAAAAAUAUUAUUAAAAAAGAUGAUAUCUCUGAACCAAUUAGGCUUACUGAAGAUGUUGAAAAAUAUCCUCUAAGAUAUAAAGUUGAUGUUUACCAUUCUGGUAGAAGAAAUACACAAAAAUAUGGUAUUAAUAAAAAUAAGAAAAACUUUAAAAGACUUACUCAUGAAGGACCUACGGAAAUAGUUAAAAGAGAUAAAGUUGAUUUAACAUUUUAUCCUCAUGAUACAUCAGAACAUCCAGUCAAAGAAAGAUUAGAAAAAAAUUAUGAAUUAGAAUGUGAACCAUUAAGAAAGUAUGCCUCAAAAUAUCAUUCUGGUUUAUCAGUUAUGUCAAAGAAGGAAGCUAAAGAACAAAAAAAAAUUGCUAAAAGAGAUAGACUUUUGAUUCAUGAAUCAACUCCUUCAAGAACAACAAAAUCUAGUUGUGCUAAAUGUAAUUGUAUUGGAAAUCAACUGCCAAGUGGAAGUAAGAAAAAAACUAAGUUUGAUGAUGAUGAUUUUUAUGGAUUAUCCAAAGAACCGUAUGAAGGACCAUUGUCUAUGGAAUGUAAAAAAGAGGAAUUUAAAGGAGAACCAUUAAAAAAUGUUUGUGAUUCAUAUGAAAUACCUAAAUACAAACCUGCAAACAAAAAACGUUCUAAUGUCUUAACAUGUGUCAAACCACAAAAAAGAAUGAAAAAAGAUGAUGAGUACAUUAAAAAAGAUAGUUUACCAGAAACAGAAGAAAAACAUCACAUUGUAAAAAAAAUGUUGAAAGAGAAAGAUUAUCCUGUUGAAGUAACCAAAAAAAAAAUUGAGUAUAUUGAAAAAAUUGAGGAAAGACCAAUUAUUGAAUAUGAUGUUGCAAAGACUGUUAUUGAUACGGAAAAAGAUUGGUCCCUGAAAGUUGGAGAUGGAAAGGAAACUGGUAUAAAAAAAACAACACGUACUUUAAAGACACUUCUACCACAACAUACUUCUAUUCCACAUAGUUCAAAAGAUAAUAUUUACGAUCUCUGUUUUGAUACAUAUGAUGGUCCAUUGGAAGUUGUUGAAAAGAAAGGAGAAAUUGAUACUACUCCACUUGAUAGUCAUGUUCAAGUUUAUAAAAUUCCAACAUAUACAACAAAAAAGACUAGGAAAAAAGUAAAUGAAAUCAGUACGACAUCAGAAAAUUUAGAUCAAGAGCAUCAACAUGACAUUCCAUCUUCUUCAAAUGUAAAAGAAACAAAAACCAUUUCAAAUAUUUAUAAUUUAAAUACUGAACCAUAUGAGGGUAAAGUUGAAAUAAUAAAUAAGAGUAGUGAUUUAGAAAUAACACCUAUUAAUGAACAUGUUCCAAAUUAUGAUAUACUUAUUAAUUUACCACAAGAUGAAAAGAAAUUUGAUGAUCAAGGUAUUCAACCUGCCACUCAAAAAAUUAUUAAAGAAACUAUCUUAUUGACGCAAAAAUCUGACACUGAAAAACCAAUAACUGUUUCAACUAAAGAAGUUGCCUUUGCUACAGAUAAUAUUGAUAUUUCAAAUAAAAAAGAAAAAACAAAUUCCUUGACAAGAUUUAUUGGUAGAUUUAAUAAAAAAGAUAAUGAAAUAGGAAAAAAAAAACAAGGAACUAUUUUAUCUGAUCAUGACAGUGGUGUUGAUGAUAUAUUAAGUGGAACAGAAGCUGGAACACUUUCAAGAAAAGAUAAUCAAAAAGAAAUUAAAAAAGAACAAAAGAAGAAAAAAAAUAAUUUAUUAUGUAGUAGCACUGGUAAAAAAGGAUCUAUGGCAUAUCUUCCAAUUCAACAUACUCAUCAUGCUCCAAUUGAUAAAGGUUAUCCAAUGAAAGAAGAACCUUAUACUGGAGAACUUGAAUCUUUCAAUAAAAUUAACGAAUUGCCUUCAGAAUCUUUAAGAAAUUCUGUACAAGUAUAUCAUUCUGGUCUUUCAGAUACCAAACCAAGUUGGAAUAGUCGGUUUGUGAUAUUUAGUAGAACAAAACAUGAAGGUGUAGAAGAAAUUAUUGAUAAAAAUGAAAUUAAUAAAGAUCCAUAUCAACUUUUAAACACUCAACCAUAUGAUGGUCCAUUAGAAAAAAUAACCCAUGAUCAAGAAAUAUCAACAGAACCAAUAAAGCAUUAUUCAAAAGUAUAUCAUCAUGGACAAAGUAUUAGUAUUGGCACAAAGAAAAAAGGAAAAAGUAAAAAAAAUAACAAAAAACAUGAUUCAAUACUUAUUGAUUCAGAGGAAGAAGAUUACCAACUUAAAGACAAAACAUCUUCUUUAAGUAGAUUUAUGGGAUUCUUUAAUCGUCGUGGAGGUAAAUCAAGUAAUGAUGAUGCAAUAAAUGCUGGAAUAACUACUGAAAAUGAUUCAGGAAUGGAUGCAUCUAACAGUUCGGCAGAGGUACCAACAAAAUACAGUUUAGAAAGUUAUGAUAAAAAAAAUAAAAAUAAAACAAGUAAAUAUAUUCUUAAUACAGAACCAUUCCUUGGCACUUACAAUAAUACAAUCAAAGUUAAUGAAUUACAAAUGGAACCACUAAAAGAUUCUGUUAAAGUUUAUCAUUCAGGGCAAAGUGUUUCUACUAUUAAAAAUAGAAGGUAUAUUUUAAAUGAUCAAACUACUGAAAGUGAUACUGAAGAUGAAAAAAGAAAUGGUCGUUCAAACACCCUAACGCGUAUUAUUGGAAAAUUCCAUAUGCCUAAAAAACAUAAUGGAUUAAAUACUUUAGAUGGUGGAUAUCCAAAAAUAUCUCAAAAAUAUGAAGGUGAAUAUGAAACGAUCAACAGAAUUGAUGAAGUUAAGAAAAUUCCUUUAACGCAAGAAGUUCAACUUUAUAAUAUCCCAAAAUAUCAAGCUAAAAUUGAAAAGAAAAUUGAUGAGCCAUCAUGUAGUUACUGUGCUCCAGUUGGUAGAAAACAAUCAUUAAAUGUUUAUGACAAAAACGAAGAAUUGACAAAUGAAGAAGAUAAUAAUUUAAAUUUACAUAAAGAUCAGAAAUCUUCUAUUGGAGUGUCGGAAGAUCAAAUUGAAUCUAAAGAAUUUGCUGAAGAUGAAAUUACAGCGACUGUCAUGAUUCCAGAACAUAUGGUAAAUGAUGACUUUAAAGUAUCAGUACCUGAAAAUGUUUUAGAAGAAUUUGAAAAUGAUAAAAAUAUAAAAGCCCACAUUUUAAUUAAUAAAGAUAAUAACUUAGAAGUAAAAAAUAAAAAAACAAAUGUUUCUUGUUUUGGAAAAACAAAAGAUAAGCCAAUAAAUUUAGAUAUCUAUCCACAAAAAGAAAAAUAUGAUGGACCAGUUUAUGAUGUUAAAACUUCUGAAUCAUUACCGAAAACAAAACUUGAAGAUUUUGUUGACUUGUAUCCCAUUCCAAAAUAUAAAAAUAAAUCUAGUACCGGUAAAAAAUGUGGAGCUUUCAAUUGUGUUAAAGGAAAUAAUACAAAUAAAAAAAUAGAAGAAAGUGAUAACAAUUUAUAUUUAAGUAAAACUUCUUAUGAAAAACCAGAAAUUGAAUCUCAAAUAAAAGUAAAGACAGGGGUAGAUAUUGAAAGUAGGAAACCAGAACUUGAAGCUUUCUAUGAAAUGCCUACUAAAGAAAAAGAAAUUGACAUAACAACACCAAAUAUUGAAGUGCCAAAAACAGAAAUAAAAGUUAAGAAACAAAAAGUUAAAGAAUUAAAAUGUACAACAUUAAAUUGUGCAAAAAAAUCACCAGAACAUAAAAUUGAAAGUACCUACGAAACCUCACAAAAAGAAUUUAAUAUUUCAAACGAACACUAUACAAAUAAUGAACAUGAAGAUAUGUAUAUGAAAAUAUUAGUACCUGAAACGUUGGAACCAGGAAAUGUCAAGAUUUCUGUACCAGAUUCUUCUUUUAAUAACAUAGAAGGAGAUAUCAAAGCUCAUAUAGUCAUCGAUGAGCCAGAAAUCGAAAAACCUACGACUACUUUUAAAUCAAAAAAGAAUGGACUUGCUUGUGUUUCAUGUUUCAGUAAUGAAAAUGAUGCAGAUAAAAAUUCAAUAAACAUACAACACGAAAUAAAGACAUCUAAAGAUGAAAUUCAACUUGAAACAACAACAACUGAAUUUGAAGUAGAAACAGAAAAAUUAAAAUUAAAGAAAUUUAAUUGUGCACAAUUAAAUUGUGCCAAAGAAAAACCUGAAGUUGAAAUUGGCACUUCAAACAAAAAUUAUUCUAAAAAAAUAAAUUAUAAUUUAGAUACAGAAGAAAUAGAAACUAAUAAGAGUAUUGAACUGGAGGUUGAAAUACCUUCUGCAAACAUAAAUAUUGAUAAUCCAGAAGGUAAAAUUGAAUUACCAGAAAUAAAUUUAAAACAAAAUGAAUUCAAUAACGAUAAAAAAUUAGAUAAAAUAAACUUCUUAGAUUGUGCACAAUUAAAAUGUAUUAAAAAAUUACCUGAAGCAAAUUAUGAUGCUUCAUAUGAACAUUCCCCUAAAAAAAUAAACGUCCAGUUAGAACCACUGGAAACAGAAAUUCAUAAUAAUAUAAAACUUGAAACAAAUAUACCAACCGAACACAUAAAUAUUGAAUCUCCAAAAGUAAAACUUGAAACAUCAAAUAUAGAAAUUGUUAAACCAAAAAUUGAUACAAGCAUUAAGAAAACAAAAUCUUCUAAAUGUGCACAAUUGAAAUGUUUAAAAACAUCACCUGAAGCAAAAUAUGAUGCUUCAUAUGAACUUUCUCCUAAAAAAACAAAUAUUCCAAUAGAAUCAUAUGAUAUAGAUCAUGAAGAAGACAUUGAAAUGAAAGUUUUGAUUCCUGAGCAUUUAGCAGAAGGUGAUAUUAGAAUAUCAAUACCAGAAAAUUCAAUGCAAUUACCAGAAGAAGAGUUAAAAGCGCAUAUUAAAAUUGAAGAAACUAAAUUACCUUUGCUUAAAGAAAAAUUCAAACCCAAAAAAACCAAAUUUCCGAAUUUAUCAUGUAUAAAAAAUAAAAAAAGAAAAUAUCCAACAAACCUUGAAGCAUAUCCAAAACAAGUAGCAUAUGAAGGAACAAUAAAUGAAUUGAAAUCAGAACCGUUACUGAGCACAUGUAAAUUAGAUCAGCAUGUAAAUCUAUAUCCAAUUCCGAAAUACAAAAUUAUAAAUCAAAAAACAAAAAGAUGUAACUUUAUUAACUGUGCUAGAAAUAUGAAAAAAACAGAUCAUGAAAUUGCUUAUACAAAAUCAAAUAUUACAAAUGCAAAGAGUGAUAUAGCCAUAAAUGUUGACAAGCCAGAUAUAAAUGUUGAUGUUCCUGAAAUAACAGCAGAAGCUGAUUUGAAAAAACCAGAAAUUGAUGUUAAGAAACCAAAAAUAAAAGGACCAAGAUGUGCUCCAUUACAAUGCUUUGGAAAGAAACCAAAACAUGAACUCGAAGCUUCAUAUGACAUUCCUUCUAAAGAUCUCAAAGUAGAAGUUGAAAAACCAGAGAUGGAACUUGAUAUUGAGAAACCAGCUGUAAACGUAGAUGUUCCUGAAAUAACAGCCGAAGCAAAAUUGAAAAAACCUGAAAUUGAUGUUAAGAAACCAAAAAUAAAAGGGCCAAGAUGUGCUCCAUUACAAUGCUUUGGAAAGAAACCAAAGCAUGAACUUGAAGCUUCAUAUGACAUUCCUUCUAAAGAUCUUAAAAUAGAAGUUGAAAGACCAGAUAUGGAACUUGAUAUUGAGAAACCAGAGAUAGACGUUGAUGUUCCUGAAAUAAUAGCUGAAGCUAAAUUAAAGAAACCAGAAAUUAAUGUUAAGAAACCAAAAAUAAAAGGGCCAAGAUGUGCUCCACUACAAUGCUUUGGAAAGAAACCAAAGCAUGAAAUUGAAGCUUCAUAUGACAUUCCAUCUAAAGAUCUAAAAAUAGAAGUUGAAAAACCAGAGAUAGAAGUUGAUAUUGAGAAACCAGCUGUAAACGUUGAUGUUCCUGAAAUAACAGCUGAAGCAAAAUUAAAGAAACCAGAAAUUGAUGUUAAGAAACCAAAAAUAAAAGGGCCAAGAUGUGCUCCAUUACAAUGCUUUGGAAAGAAACCAAAGCAUGAACUUGAAGCUUCAUAUGACAUUCCUUCUAAAGAUCUUAAAAUAGAAGUUGAAAGACCAGAUAUGGAACUUGAUAUUGAGAAACCAGAGAUAGACGUUGAUGUUCCUGAAAUAAUAGCUGAAGCUAAAUUAAAGAAACCAGAAAUUAAUGUUAAGAAACCAAAAAUAAAAGGACCAAGAUGUGCUCCAUUACAAUGCUUUGGAAAGAAACCAAAGCAUGAACUUGAAGCUUCAUAUGACAUUCCAUCUAAAGAUCUUAAAAUGGAAGUUGAAAAACCAGAGAUAGAAGUUGAUAUUGAGAAACCUGAGAUGGAACUUGAUAUUGAGAAACCAUCUAUAAAAGUUGAUGUUCCUGAAAUAACAGCCGAAGCAAAAUUGAAAAAACCUGAAAUUGAAUUAAAGAAACCUAAAAUAAAAGGCCCAAGAUGUGCUCCAUUACAAUGUUUUGGAAAGAAACCAAAGCAUGAACUUAAAGCUUCAUAUGACAUUCCUUCUAAAGAUCUAAAAAUAGAAGUUGAAAGACCAGAUAUGGAACUUGAUAUUGAGAAAACAGCAGUAAACGUAGAUGUUCCUGAAAUAACAGCCGAAGCAAAAUUGAAAAAAGCAGAAAUUGAUGUUAAGAAACCAAAAAUAAAAGGACCAAGAUGUGCUCCAUUACAAUGCUUUGGAAAGAAACCAAAGCAUGAACUUGAAGCUUCAUAUGACAUACCUUCUAAAGAUCUUAAAAUAGAAGUUGAAAAACCAGAGAUAGAAGUUGAUAUUGAGAAACCAGAGAUGGAACUUGAUAUUGAGAAACCAUCUAUAAAAGUUGAUGUUCCUGAAAUAACAGCCGAAGCAAAAUUAAAAAAACCAGAAAUUGAUGUUAAGAAACCUAAAAUAAAAGGGCCAAGAUGUGCUCCAUUACAAUGCUUUGGAAAGAAACCAAAGCAUAAACUUGAAGCUUCAUAUGACAUUCCUUCUAAAGAUCUAAAAAUAGAAGUUGAAAAACCAGAGAUAGAAGUUGAUAUUGAGAAACCAGCUGUAAACGUUGAUGUUUCUGAAAUAACAGCUGAAGCUAAAUUAAAGAAACCAGAAAUUAAUGUUAAGAAACCAAAAAUAAAAGGGCCAAGAUGUGCUCCACUACAAUGCUUUGGAAAGAAACCAAAGCAUGAACUCGAUGCUUCAUAUGACAUUCCUUCUAAAGAUCUUAAAAUAGAAGUUGAAAAACCAGAUAUAGGAGUUGAUAUUGAGAAACCAGAGAUGGAACUUGAUAUUGAGAAACCAUCUAUAAAAGUUGAUGUUCCUGAAAUAACAGCUGAAGCAAAAAUGAAAAAACCUGAAAUUGAAUUAAAGAAACCUAAAAUAAAAGGACCAAGAUGUGCUCCAUUACAAUGUUUUGGAAAGAAACCAAAGCAUGAACUUGAAGCUUCAUAUGACAUUCCUUCUAAAGAUCUUAAAAUAGAAGUUGAAAGACCAGAUAUGGAACUUGAUAUUGAGAAACCAGAGAUAGACGUUGAUGUUCCUGAAAUAAUAGCUGAAGCUAAAUUAAAGAAACCAGAAAUUAAUGUUAAGAAGCCAAAAAUAAAAGGGCCAAGAUGUGCUCCACUACAAUGCUUUGGAAAGAAACCAAAGCAUGAACUCGAUGCUUCAUAUGACAUACCUUCUAAAGAUCUUAAAAUAGAAGUUGAAAGACCAGAGAUGGAACUUGAUAUUGAGAAACCAGCUGUAAACGUAGAUGUUCCUGAAAUAACAGCCGAAGCAAAAUUGAAAAAACCAGAAAUUGAUGUUAAGAAACCAAAAAUAAAAGGAUCAAGAUGUGCUCCAUUACAAUGCUUUGGAAAGAAACCAAAGCAUGAAUUUGAAGCUUCAUAUGACAUACCUUCUAAAGAACUUAAAAUAGAAGUUGAAAGACCAGAAAUGGAACUUGAUAUUGAGAAACCAGCUAUAAACGUUGAUGUUCCUGAAAUAACAGCCGAAGCAAAAUUGAAAAAACCAGAAAUUGAUGUUAAGAAACCAAAAAUAAAAGGACCAAGAUGUGCUCCAUUACAAUGCUUUGGAAAGAAACCAAAGCAUGAACUUGAAGCUUCAUAUGACAUACCUUCUAAAGAUCUUAAAAUAGAAGUUGAAAGACCAGAGAUGGAACUUGAUAUUGAGAAACCAGCUGUAAACGUAGAUGUUCCUGAAAUAACAGCUGAAGCAAAAUUGAAAAAACCAGAAAUUGAUGUUAAGAAACCAAAAAUAAAAGGACCAAGAUGUGCUCCACUACAAUGCUUUGGAAAGAAACCAAAGCAUGAACUUGAUGCUUCAUAUGACAUUCCUUCUAAAGAUCUUAAAAUAGAAGUUGAAAAACCAGAGAUGGAACUUGAUAUUGAGAAACCAGAGAUGGAACUUGAUAUUGAGAAACCAGCUGUAAACGUUGAUGUCCCUGAAAUAACAGCUGAAGCUAAAUUAAAGAAACCAGAAAUUGAUGUUAAGAAACCAAAAAUAAAAGGACCAAGAUGUGCUCCAUUACAAUGCUUUGGAAAGAAACCAAAGCAUGAACUUGAUGCUUCAUAUGACAUUCCUUCUAAAGAUCUUAAAAUAGAAGUUGAAAAACCAGAGAUAGGAGUUGAUAUUGAGAAACCAGAGAUGGAACUUGAUAUUGAGAAACCAUCUAUAAAAGUUGAUGUUCCUGAAAUUACUGCUGAAGCAAAAUUGAAAAAACCUGAAAUUGAAGUAAAGAAACCUAAAAUAAAAGGCCCAAGAUGUGCUCCAUUACAAUGUUUUGGAAAGAAACCAAAGCAUGAACUUGAAGCUUCAUAUGACAUUCCAUCUAAAGAUCUUAAAAUAGAAGUUGAAACACCAGAUAUGGAACUUGAUAUUGAGAAACCAGCUGUAAACGUAGAUGUUCCUGAAAUAACAGCCGAAGCAAAAUUGAAAAAACCUGAAAUUGAUGUUAAGAAACCAAAAAUAAAAGGGCCAAGAUGUGCUCCACUACAAUGCUUUGGAAAGAAACCAAAGCAUGAACUUGAAGCUUCAUAUGAUAUUCCUUCUAAAGAUCUUAAAAUAGAAGUUGAAAAACCAGAGAUAGGAGUUGAUAUUGAGAAACCAGAGAUGGAACUUGAUAUUGAGAAACCAUCUAUAAAAGUUGAUGUUCCUGAAAUAACAGCCGAAGCAAAAUUGAAAAAACCAGAAAUUGAUGUUAAGAAACCAAAAAUAAAAGGACCAAGAUGUGCUCCAUUACAAUGCUUUGGAAAGAAACCAAAGCAUGAACUUGAAGCUUCAUAUGACAUACCUUCUAAAGAUCUUAAAAUAGAAGUUGAAAAACCAGAGAUGGAACUUGAUAUUGAGAAACCAGCUGUAAACGUUGAUGUUCCUGAAAUAACAGCUGAAGCAAAAUUGAAAAAACCAGAAAUUGAUGUUAAGAAACCAAAAAUAAAAGGGCCAAGAUGUGCUCCACUACAAUGCUUUGGAAAGAAACCAAAGCAUGAACUUGAUGCUUCAUAUGACAUUCCUUCUAAAGAUCUUAAAAUAGAAGUUGAAAAACCAGAGAUGGAACUUGAUAUUGAGAAACCAGAGAUAGACGUUGAUAUUGAGAAACCAUCUAUAAAAGUUGAUGUUCCUGAAAUUACUGCUGAAGCAAAAUUGAAAAAACCUGAAAUUGAUGUUAAGAAACCUAAAAUAAAAGGGCCAAGAUGUGCUCCAUUACAAUGCUUUGGAAAGAAACCAAAGCAUAAACUUGAAGCUUCAUAUGACAUUCCAUCUAAAGAUCUUAAAAUGGAAGUUGAAAAACCAGAGAUAGAGGUUGAUAUUGAGAAACCAGCUGUAAACGUUGAUGUUCCUGAAUUAACAGCUGAAGCUAAAUUAAAGAAACCAGAAAUUGAUGUUAAGAAACCAAAAAUAAAAGGGCCAAGAUGUGCUCCAUUACAAUGUUUUGGAAAGAAACCUAAAUGUGAACUAGAAGAAUCUUAUGAUAUUAUAACAAAACAAAUUAAAUCUGGUUGUUUGACAAAUGAAAUCGAGGAAGGUAAUAUUCAAGUAAAUGUUUUAAUUCCUGAGCAUCUUCAAGGCGAAAAUCUUAAAUUAAAUGUUCCUGAAAAUGCUUUGGAGUUGGAUGAAGGAAAUGUUAAAGGUUAUUUAUGUAUUGAAGAUAAAAAUUAUUCACAACCAAUUGACAAAAAAACAUUAAAAAAAUCAUUUAAAUUUAAUAAAUCACUUUAUUGCUUUAAUAAUAAAAAAGAAGAUAAUGAAAUUAAUGUUAAAGACCUAAAAAAAGUUUAUGAAAGUCAUUAUCCAUCAAUGUUAACUUCAAAUGAAAAUGAACUUAAAAAUACAUAUAAAAAUAAAGAAUUAGAAACACAGAUUAUUGGUGAUUAUGUUCAAGUUUAUCAACCUCCAAAAUAUAAGCCAUUAAACAAAAAAAAUACAAUUAGUUGUGGUCUUGGUUCAUGUAUGUCUAGAGGAAAAACUCCUGUUGUUAAUGAAAAGUUUGAUAAUAUUGAAGAUGGUGAAAUAAAACGUGAAGUUUCUCCUUCUUGGAAAACUAUUAGUGAAAAUUUAGUUAAACAAACCGGUGAAGCAUAUUAUCCAAAUGAAAAACUUGAUAUAAAUAACUAUCCUAUUUCUGAAGAAUGGAAAGGGGAUAUUGAUACUACAGUACAUGCACCUGAAUUAAAAACAGAACCAAUAAAAUCUCAUUGCAAUUUAUAUAAUGUUCCCAAAUAUAAUUCGUUAUCAUCAGUUCAAGUUAACAUACCUAAACACAAACAACAUUUUGGAUUUGAAUAUAAAGCAGAAGGUCCUGAUAUAGUUGUAGAAUCUAGAGAUGAAAGUGAUGAUCGUUUAGUAACUCCAUUUUCUACACCAAUCAAUACUCCAGUUGAUUUUGAAAUGAAUGUAAAUGAGCCUGUUAUUGAAGUUGAACAAAAAUUAGGAAAAGAAACUGAAUUUGAUUAUACUCUUCCUCAAAUUAAUGUAAAUAAAAUUGAAACAUCUUCUAAAAUUCAAGUUCCAUCGCUUCAAGUUGAUGAAUAUAAUGAAUCAGUUUCAGAAAACAAUGAUCAUGAAAAACAUAGAAUGAGUGUUGAAUCAUUAAAAUUUGUUCAUGAUUUAGAAGAAAAGCUUAAUCUUCAUGUAUCUAUUAAUGAAAAUAUUGAAAAACCAAUAUUGGAACAAAUUAAUGAUGGUCAAGUUGAUAUUGUUUUACCUCCACCACCAACAUCUAUUAAUGAACCAGAAGAAGAACCACUUAUUACAAAGUUAAAAUCUUUACCACAUAUGUCAUCAACUGAUAAAAAUAUAAAACAUAAAAAUGAUAAAGAAAAAAUAUAUUUAGAAGACAUGCAUAUUAAAAAUAAAAAAGUUAAACAAAAGAAAAAUAAAAAACAUUUAACAGAUGGAGGAGAUUCUGGUAUUAGUACAGAUGAUGAUAAUGAUGGUUUAUCAUCAAAGAAAAAUAUUUAUAAUAAUUUUUCAUGUAUUCCAUUUAUGUGUAAUGGUAAUAAAAACAAACGCCUUGAAUCACCAUAUGUUAAAACAACUUCUGGAAAGCCUCAACCAUUUGGUAUAAGUACAAAAAAAUUUAGCGGGGAUUACACUUUAAUACAACCAAUUAAUGAAUUGGAAAAAAAUUUAUUAUCAGAACAUGUAUCUAAAUAUCAUUCUGGAGAUUCAUAUGUUAAACAAAAAACACAUUUUCAUCUAUUACCAUCAUGUAUUAAAAAACAAGAUUCAUUAAAAAGAAAGAAUAAAUCAAAUAAUGAUAAAACUUUACUAGAUGAAAAGAGUAACAAUGAGUUAGAUGUAUUAGAAUAUCAGCGAGUAACUGAUACUUCAAAAACUUUAACAUCAAUGUUUACUACUACUGAUCCAUUGACUGGUGAUCUCAAUUGUUAUCUUAGUAUUUCACUUCACCAAAAGAUGGACUGUGAAUGUAAAGCUUUCUUUUGUCGUACUGAUAAUGAAGAGGUUGGUGCUUGUUGUAAGAGUUGCGCGUACUCUAAAUGUUACCAAACAUUAUCAGCUACUAUUAACAUGAAUAAUUUAGUAAAAGAUGUUCCUGAUAUUACAAUUUCUCAACCAACAAAACCGUCUUUACUUUCAAUAUUAAAGAAACCAUUUAAAGGAAAUUCUAAAAAUGAAAAGGACGAGAAUUAUAAAAAGAUAUCGAAAAAGAAUAAAACUUCCCACUACUCUUCUGAUUCUUCAUCCAAUUCAACAGACAUAAAAGAAAAAGAGGAGGAGAAGGAAAGUGAUAUAAUUGAUGCAAUAGUGCCAACGAAUGACCAAUCUAAGCUAAAUUCUCAGAAUUCUGCAGCUAACAUGGUUUUGAAUAACUCUAACAAUGUCUCAUUAAACAAACCACCAAUGAAUAGUAAUUCUACUGGUAUACCUCAGAAUAACAUGAGAAGCAGUGUUUUAAAUGGCACUGUUAGUUUGGAGCAAAGUUCUGGCCCUUAUAGGGAAGCAGAACCUUCAGACGGCGAGGUCAUUCGUGAAGAAAGAAUUGAACAUGUGUAUAAAUUAAGGGGCACUGGUAACGCUCCAACAAUUGAUCCCUCUGACAUGUCUCUCAGUGCUACAUUAGCGAAGUGUGUUGAAGAGAAUUCUUCUUUACCAAGAGUUACUAUGGUUUGUAAAGAUGUGCAUGUUAAAGAUUAUGGAAUUUUGGAACCAUAUAUUACGGAGGAAUCUAAUCUACCACACACAACAAUUCAAUCAUGGCAAGAAACUGAUGUUGGUCCAGAUACCAUUUUUACAGAAACAGAUCCUUCCGGAAAAAUAACAAAGAAAACAAUUAAGACACAGCAAACGAAGCAUACAAUUCAAAAACAGUCUUAUCAAACAUUUAAUGUUGAUGAUAAUACAAUUAUGCCUCAAAAUAAUACAAUUGAUAAGACAAUAAAAAUUACUACACCUCGAAUAAGUAGUGGUACUAAAGGUCCCGUUUUAGAAACACGUACAAGAACAGUUGCUUAUGAAUGCCAUCCAGAAGAAGCUUUAAUUACAAAGGAUGGUGAUAUACCAGGAGAAUUUGUCUCCUCAAAAACUGUAUCUACUGGCAAUAAGACAAUUGAAACAAUUACAUAUAAAACUGAGAAAGAUGGAAUUGUAGAAACUCGUGUAGAACAUAAAGUAACAAUUCAUUCUGAUGAUAAAGUAGACCAUGAUGCUGAAUUAUCACAAGCUCUCUUGGAUGUAACAUCCAUGGAUCCAGAUAUGACAGUUGAAAAAAUUGAAGUUAAACAAGAAACACAAAAUUAA